AUGGAGACACCCAAGCAGAGCCUCUCUGACUUGGCUACUAUAGUCUCUAAUCUCUCCAAGACCACACAUAGUUUUGUGGCUGAAAUUAGAUCUUCUAUUCAAAACUUGGAGAUACAGGUUGGUCAGUUGAGCAAAAGGAUCCUAGAGAUCCCUUUAAACACUCUUCUAAGUAACACAGAGGUGAAUCCAAAGGAAGAGUGCAAGGCCCUCAUGGUAGAGGUUGUGACCGAACCCAAAGAAGAGCCUGCUGUUGAGGAGUUUAAGGAAAUCAGAGCUCAUGAGGAGACUGAUAAUGUCACUUUGCACGCCCCUUUCUUGAGAAAGGAACCUAAGGAAUAUUCUUCUUCAGAAAAUGAUGAAGAGAAGCUGAGGGCCAACUCUUCUCAUACAGAGGCAUUAUUGGAGGAAGAUGAGCCCGUAGUACUGGCCAAGGAGUGUAGUGUCUUGGUCCAGAAGAAACUUCCUCUAAAGUUGUUGGAUCCCAGAAGCUUCUUGAUUCCUUAUACUAUAGGGACCAUCACCUUUGAGAAAGAACUAUAUGACCUUGGCUCAAGUAUCAAUCUGAUGCCUCUAUCUGUAAUGAGGAGGUUAGGAAUUCCAGAGGUGCAGAGUGCUAAGAUCUCAUUGGAGAUGGUAGACAAGACCUUAAAAAAGGCUUAUGGUAUGGUAGAGGAUGUCCUAGUAAAGGUUGAGGACCUUUACAUCGUUGUAGAUUUUGUGAUCCUAGACACUGGGGAGGACAUAAAUGAUUCCAUCAUCCUUGUGAGGCCUUUUCUAGCUAUUGCCAAGGCCAUUAUUGAUGUGAAAAGAGGAGAGCUAGUCUUGAGACUACAUGAGGACUGUAUCUUAUUCAAGAUGUACAACCCUCAGUCUCCCUCUGAUAGAGCUGGUGACACCCUUAUUGAGAAGGAUAAGCCGAUCACAAAGAUAAGGAUGGAGAGUGCCAGAGAGCCAGCACAAGGACCCCAACAAGAGCCUGUGCAGCCGCCUCCACCAGAAAUCCCUGAGAUACCUCAAGGGAUGUAUUUUCCUCCCCGUGACUAUUGGGAUCAACUGAAUACCUCAAUAUGGGAGCUGAGCUCAAACAUGGAGCAGCUGAGGGUGGAGCACAUUGAGCACGCCACUACCCUCCAAGAAAUGAGAAAAGAUCAGAGAAGGGUAAUGGAGGAGCAGCUGAGGCAAGAGCGUGAUAUAGAGGAGCUCAAACGCUCCAUUGGAUUCUCUAGGGGAAGCAGCAGCCGCCGCCAUUGA